CUCGUUUUACUGUCAUACAGAUCGAUUUUCUGUAGUGGGAUUGUCAUUGAUUCAAUAUAAAAGAACCCCAAGUCAAUUGUGAUAUCAGUGCAGUUCGAUACCUUUCUGGUUAUUCAGCCAUUUCAAACAAACAGGAAGCAACAAUGAAAUUGUGGUUCGCACUAGCUCUGGUAGCAUCAUGUUCCGCUGCUAGAUUAGAAAAUACGUACCUACCACCAAAUGGUGCUGCAGGUGCUGGUGGAGGCAAUGGAAUACCACCCCCAUAUAGACCAGGGGGAGGACCAGGAGGCAAUGGAGGAGGAAGAAAUGGAGGUGGAAGAAAUGGUGCAGCAUCGGAUGAUGCUUCAGCCACGAUAAUAUCUCAGGAAUACGAAAAUAAUGGAGAUGGAAGUUAUAAAUACAGUUACGAGACGAGCAACGGCAUCAAAGCCCAGGAAGAAGGUGAAUUGAAACCAGGCGGUGAAGAAGGCAUCCAAUCAGCAGUCGGUUCCUUCUCUUACACAGCACCCGACGGUACAGAGAUCAAACUUGAGUAUACCGCUGAUGAGAAUGGUUUUGUUCCCAAGGGAGACCAUCUCCCAACCCCACCACCAAUCCCACCAGAGAUCCUCAAAUCCCUGGAAGAAAAUGCAGCAGCUGAGGCCAACGGCAACGGAAACGGAAACGGUGGAUACCCCGGUGGUAACGGCAACGGUAACGGAAACGGCAGAGGCAACGGUAACGGAAACGGCAGAGGCAACGGAAAUGGUGGAUACCAAUAUUAGGAGCCUCAAGUCUUAAACCGAAACAAGAUGUGCCUGGAAAUAUAGAAUUGUGUACUGGAAGUGAUCCUGAUAUAUUUGCUUGGUAACCAAUAAAUAUUUCUUCCAUUUAUCGACUAUGAGCCUCUUUUGCAAUUGACUGUGUUCUAUGGAGUUAUGAAGAUAGCCAAAUAUUUAUAAUUUAUAACUAUGGAAAUGUCAUAUAAUGAAACACCUCACUUUAUCUGUUUAAUUUUCGAAUGCAAUUCUUGAAUUAGUUAUUAGUAGCGAGGAUUGCAUUCUUAUAUUUGUCUACGUAUAAAAUGGAUUUAUGUGAAUGUGUGAUUUAUAACUUGUAUAAAUGUUGACUAUAUAAUAUAUUUAUUUCUUGAAUAAACGAUCAUUUUUGAA